AUGACUCAGAAGAGACAACGUGCAUCUAAGGUUUGUGAUUUUUGUAAAAAGAGAAAAGUCAAGUGUGACUUAGGCAAUCCUUGUUCUGCUUGUGUCCGAUAUAAGAAAUUUCCUUGUGUUUAUUCAGCUGAAGAUCAUAGCAAUGGCAAGAAAAUCAAACGAGAGAAACCAUCUCCAGUUGAUAAUUCUCAGUUUGGUCAAAUUGAUACCUUCAAUGGAUUAGCGACCACUCACACUUCAUCGUCUAUGUUUACUCCUAAUCAAAAUAGUUCAUCAUCAUCAUCAACAUCACUACAGAUAUCAGAUGUAAUUCAAAAUACAAGCUGUUCUGCUAUUCUUGAAAACCCAAGCAGUGAUAUUCAACGGAACGGUAAUGAACCAAGUGUAUUGCUCCCUUCUACUUCGAUGAAUACACAACCAUCAACAGUACAAUCAGAGUUGGCAUUUUUAAAAGAAAAAUUACAAACUUUGGAGUAUUCUUUACAACAGAAACAUGAACAGGAACAGAAGAGUAAUAUUGUUGCCAGUAGAGCGGUGGUUACACCUAAUAGCAAUCAUAGUCCAGGAAGUUUUGCAUCCAAAGCUGAAUUCAGUCCUCCCGGUUCUCUUACAAACACAUCAAUCGAUCCCAGUGCUUUGCUUGGAUUUAAUCCUGUUGAAUCAGAAUCUGAAACGAUCAAUUUUUAUGCCGGGUAUAAUGGUACGACUGAUAGAGAGCCAAUCCAGAAGAGGAAUUAUGGACCAUUGAGUUGGAUUUGUUUGACUAAAAUAGAUAAUGGAUUAGUAAACCUUUGGCCCAGUGUGAAUAUUGUUAAGGAAAAGCUAAAGGCAGAAAUGUUACGAGUUGGUGAUAAGGCACCUCAGAUGGAGAAGUAUUUUAAAGAAAAGGCUCGUGAUGAUGAAGGUGAAAACAAUUUGAAGCCAUAUAGGGACACUGUUCAGAAGGAUUCCAUUACACCUACUUCAACUACAGCAAGCACCAGUCCAAUAUUGAAUGGAGAUUCAUCUACUACUAUUACUGCUGCUGUUGGUGGUGGUGGUGGUGGUGGUGGUGAUCAGGAGAAUGGCAAGAGUAUGACCAACGGUGAGCCAAAAGCGACUGCCACAUUGCAUAAAAAGGCACUUUGUUUAGGGUUGGCAUUUUACGAAGGAGGACUUGAUCAUGAAUUGGAAUUGGUUGAAAAAAUCAGAUUGGUGUUGCCAAAUCAGAAGAUCAUUUGGUCUUUGUAUAAGAGAUUUUUUACUGAAUUGUAUCCUGCGUUUCCAAUUGUUGAUGAGGUUAUUUUGAAAGAGGAUUUACAGAAAUUGAUUGGUUAUGAAGACUACACUGAAACACGAGUGGAUGUCAAAGUUGAGAAAAAGUUAGAUUUUGCUUACUUGGGAAUAUUGUUGAUCAUACUUAGAUUGAGUUAUAUUUCCUUGUUUUCAUAUGAUUUGGCAGUUAACGAAGUAAAUUUUGAGACUGAAGACCCAUCACCAAGAGCUCAAGAAACGAAAUACUUGUUGAAUAAUGUGAUCAAUAUUGAUGUUAUUAAUGUUGCCCAGGAAUGUUUGGACCAGUUUAAUCUCAUGAGAAACUGUAAUUUAACUUUGAUGCAAUUGGCAUUGUUGACUAGGUUAUAUCAUCAGUUUGCUCCUGAAGAUGGUGAUGGUAUAGAUGGAGGAGAUUCUCAAAUAUUCAACGGGAUGUUGGUACAAAUGGCCUAUUCAUUGGGAUUACACAGAGAACCAGAUUUGUAUCCUGAAGCAUUUAAAGAUGAGAAAAUUAACAAUUUGUGUCGUAAGAUUUGGUAUAUGGUUGUUAUUCAAGAUCUCAAUGGUGCUAUGAGUAAUGGAACCAUGUUGUGUGUUUCCCCUAAUUCAUUUGAUACAAAGAUUCCAUUUUAUCGUCCAGGUAAUGAAAAUGUAAUUGACAUUGAAAUGGAAAAAACUGCUUGUGGUUGUUAUCCUAAUUUUGAAAUCAGUUAUGCCCCAUUAACUGAACUACUUAAUAUGAUCUUGCAGGUCAAAGGUGAAAUUAAGAUGGUAGAUUUGGCUAAGAGAUUGGGAAUGUUGGAGAAUCAUUUUAAGGAGAAGAUUUUUGAGAUCCCAAGUCCCGAUAACCCUGCAAUGGCAAAACUGUGUGACUUAAUGCCACGGACCUUGAAGAUGAAGAUUUAUUUUACGGGAAGUUUCUUGAUGGUUUCAAUAUAUGCUCAUUUGUAUAAUUAUUAUGAAAACAAGAGGAAUAUUAAUUUGUCAUUUUACUAUUUGAAAAAGAUUUUCGUCACGAUUAUUUAUGAUGUGAUGCCAUAUUUUAGUGAAUGUGUCAAUGAAGAUGCUAGUAUUUUUAAGGCCAAUGCAGAUUUCAUUGCUGUUCCUGGUUAUGAAUCAGUUGCACAUAAGUCGUUGAUUGUGUUGGGAGCUGUUUAUUUGCGAAUCAAACAUAGAAUUCGAUCAUUAAAGGUUCGUUAUGACCAUAAUCAAAGAGUAAAUAACCCUGUCAAUGCAGAAGAUGAAUCCUAUAAAAUGUAUUUUGAAAAGUUGUUGAAAUGUGCUGAAUUGAUUGAAGAAUGUCGUAAUGUUUUCAGAACUAAAUUGGGAAGAUUGAGUCAAAGGUAUUAUUAUGCAUGGAGAAUUUGCAAAGCACAAGACUUUAUAUCAUCUCUAUUAACUGAUGAUUUUUUUGAAAGAUAUUCACCAAGAUGUACCAUUGAAGGUUAUACUUCUGAAAUGAUUGCGGAAUUGGAACAUAUUUUGGAGAGUUCGUUGGAAAGGGUCAGAGAGAACAAGAGAUUACGCAGACAACAAAAGAAACAAAUGAAAUUCAAUAAGAAGAGGGAUGACUAUUUUAAUCAAGAAACCCAGCACCAGCAACUGCAAUAUCCGCAGCAGCAGCAGCAACAACAAAAACAAAAACUGCAAAUACCUCUUUCAUUUAAUACAGUUAGAAUGGGAUCUACGGGAUCGACUAGUGGUUCUGAAGCUGAUUCAACAGAAUAUAAAACGAAUAAUGAGAUUGAUUCCAUGUGGAUACAAAUGAUUAAUAUGAAGAACCAAGAUGCAAAUAAUGUUUUAAAUUAUGCAACACCAAGUUUCAACAAUGAUAAUGGCACUGGAAUGCCAAGUUUAUCGCAACAAAAUUCUAAUCUUGGAAAUGGUAAUUUUAUGCCUGAUAGUAGUGCCAGUGUGUUUACACCGAAUUUUCAAUUUGAUAUGGGAAGUUUAUUUGAGAAUUUUCCACUUGAAGAAAUUUUCAAAGAUGUCCGAUAA